UAACACAUUUAUUUCUUAAAACGAAAGGUUGUAUGGCGACUUAACAUCUUUUAAGCAUAAUAACAUUAUAGGUUCAGUCUUUUCUUAAGUCAUGGUUUGAACAUAUGGGGUGGGAAGAAUGAAUGAAGAAAGUACUUCGUCUGAAUAUACAAUUAUCACCCCGUCUAGAAAUGAAUGUGUAUACACCAGCUGCUACUGUGAGGAGAAUGUGUGGAAAAUGUGUGAAUUUGCCAAGGAUCAAGGGACGUGCCCUUUGGGUGAGGUGUAUGCAGUCUUUAUUUCUAAUGAUAGAAAAAUGAUACCCAUUUGGAAACAAAAAUCUAGUAGAGGUGAUAAACCAGUCAUAUGGGAUUACCAUGUUAUACUUCUGCACACAAGUAAAGAAGGGCAGAGCUUUAUAUAUGAUCUAGACACCAUCCUUCCCUUCCCUUGUUCACUUGACAUGUAUUUAACAGAGGCACUGCAGUCUGAUGAGUAUUUGAAACCUGCUUAUUGGAGAAAACUUCGCAUCAUACCAGCAGACGUCUACUUAAAGAAGUUUGCUUCGGAUCGCUUGCAUAUGAAGGAUUGUGAUGGGAAUUGGCGUAUGCCACCUCCAACAUAUCCUUGCAUAGAAACAUCAGAAUCUAAAACGAAUCUGGAUGACUUCAUCUGCAUGGAUGCACAAGUGGGAUAUGGAGAAGUUUAUGACCUUUCAGACUUUGUUCAACACUUUGGAGUGAAGUAAAUGGGGUUUUGAUGAUGCACCUAAGCCAACAGCACC